UGUAUUUUUUUAUGAUGAGGGAAAAGGAGUCAUCAGGAGCAAGAGAAACCCCAGGAUGGCCCGGAACCAGACCCUGAGGUGGAGCGCAUGAAAUCAAAGGUUACAUCAAUUGUCGUUGCCAAGUAAUGGGUGCCCUGUUCACCCCUAGAAGAGGAAGGUUAGACCUUCAAUUCUUGCAUUUCACUGAUGACCCUUCCUGGUGACCGGUGUUCUCCACAUUGUACAGAUGAAGAAUUAGGAGAUGCAGGGAGGCCAGAUGGUUUGCUUUUAACGUCCAGGGAGCAGAGGAGAAUGGAUGCAAAGCAGAAACUGUUCUGAAGCUCCCACUCGCACUGAGAUGGAGCACUGUCACCCAUUUGUAAUAACAUGGGCUGUAGUAGUAGUGGAGAGAUGUGCAGAGUGGGUGAGAGGCACAGACUGAGUCAUCACGGGCAUGUUCGCCAGGCAGCUUGCCCAGGGCAGCAGGGAACAUGCUGGUCUGUUCUGCGCCUUUUCCUCCAUGGGUGGGUUAGGUCUUUGAGCACAAGGAAGUGUAAUAUUCAGUUUGAAAUCCAAGGACCUAGCUAAGAUGGCACUUUAUAGUUGUUUGCCAAGUAGUUAGAAAUGCCUGGUUUCUGCUUCUGGUCUGCUAUGAAUUUAACAACAGUUAACAGAUUUUUAAGAUCAGUAUUUUCUUGAGGUUUCAGAAUUAAAUGUGAAUGUAUUCUUUGAUGCAAGUAGAUGCUUUCUCAGUCUGACCAUGAUUGAAGAUAGGCAAAGGGAGGGCUGGUGGUGUGAGAUCAUGACAGGGCUGGAGAGGAGGCCCCGUGUGGAGGUCAGGUUUUGAGGAGGACACGAGGAAAGAGGCUUAAGAACUGCACGUGACUGAACGUGAAAGAGGUGCACAUUUCUGGACCUACCUGUUCUGUGCUGUCCUUCAUCAGGGCAGCAAAUAGAAGCAUUCACAGUCUUCACCUUUCUGCACAGAGAGCCCAGUCCGGCCACUGUGUUUCCUGGGAUGGCUGAGCAGCUCGUGUCUGCCCUCAAGCCCCCUUCCCACCUCUGUGUCCUCUGUGUUAUUUUGUUCCCCUCAAGACAAGAAAGCUAGUGACUAGGCAAGGAGAAAUGGGGAGAGUGUCAGUCUUACACAAAGCUUUAUCAAAUGAAACCAUUUCUGCUUAAUGUUCAAAAUGAUCUUGCCACAUCUAGUUCUACUGCAAAAGCACUUACUUGGCAACAGAAACAUCACAUUCCGGUGCACAUCUGCAUGAAUCCCUAGCUGCUUCUGCCUCAAGCAUGUGUUUUCCCUUCCUCUCUUGUACUGAGAAAGUGAAGUAUUCACACUCUCGUUUCCUUUCUUCUGAUCCCAUACAUAAAGGGUAGUGUCUUAGCAGCAGUAUGUUGAAAGAGAAAAAGAGAAAGAACAAGGUAAAAUUCCAGUCCCCUACCCCAUCCUAUCCCACUGAAGACUGAAGAGGCCAAAGUAGAUGUCCCCAGGUCCCCAGGUCCUCAAUGUGUCCUGUCCAUUCAUAGGCCCUCAGUUCUAGUAAAGACUGCAUCCAUAUUAUUUGUGUCUGAAUUUAUGGAGGAGGUGCAUGGGAAAAGCACAUGUGCUUCUUUGCCCCAAGGCAGGGGUCAUGUUACUAUAGUUCUCAGCCACUGUAGCCCUGUUACUAGUAGCAGUUCACAAAGUGCUGUCUCCACAGUUCCUGUCUUUGAGCUGAACUGCACUUUCGAGCUGGGUAACAUUCCCUGUUUCAGGUAAAAGGUCAUCAUUUAAACCAGAAUCACAUAGCUGCUAAAUAAUGUAGGUUUGAAACCUAGGGUCUCUGAUUCCAGUACUUUCCUGAGGCCCUGCCUCUUCCCAAUAUGUCCUUCUGUAAUGGAGUUACUCAUUUCAUCAUGAUGGGUCUAGUUAACAUAGUUUAUGGUAGUUUUUGUAACUUUCCAACCAGGUUUUUCUUAUUUGUUUGUCAUUUACCUAACGUAAUUGGUAACCUGUCAAGCUCUCCUCACCUUGGAAGCUGAGGUAAGUUGGUAAAAAAAAUAGAGCUCUUAAAAUAGCACCAAAUGAUCCCCAGGCUUUAAGAGAUAAGGAGACCUUAUUCCUCAGGUCUUCCUAAGAACGUAUCAUGUCUUUAUGAAGGUUCUGGCCUGUCUCUGGUGUGGAUUGGACAUAAUGUAUAUUUAUAUGAAAGCUGUCAUCUUUGUCCAUAACUGAUUUGAAACCAAGACCACCCAAUUAUAUUCACAAAAUGUUAUUUUUAUGUUUCUUUGAUUCAAUAACUUGUUAUUUCUGACUUUCUCUGCAGAUUAAUAAUCCUCAUAUUUUUAAAUGGACACAGAUAACCAGACAUGGGUGAGAGAGUUUAUCCUCCUCGGCCUGUCCAGUGACUGGGACACUCAGGUUUCCCUCUUUAUCCUGUUCUUGGUCAUGUACCUAGCGAUAGUGCUGGGGAACUUCCUCAUUGUCCUUCUGAUCAGACUGGACAGCCGACUCCACACUCCUAUGUAUUUCUUCAUCAGCAACCUCUCCCUUGUUGAUGUGUCUUAUGCCACAACCAUCAUCCAUCAGAUGCUGGUGCAUCUUCUUGCAGAACAUAAAGCUGUCUCCUUUGUGAGCUGUGCAACCCAGUUAUUCUUGUCCCUGGACUUGGGUGGGAUUGAGUUUGUUCUACUGGCAGCGAUGGCCUAUGACUGCUAUGUGGCUGUGUGUGACCCCCUGAGGUACUCGGUCAUCAUGCACGGAGGGCUCUGUGCCAGGUUGGCCACUAUGUCCUUGGUCAGUGGGUCUGUCAACGCCCUUGUGCAGACCGCCAUCACCUUUCAGCUGCCCAUGUGCACGAACAAGUAUAUCAAUCACAUAUCCUGUGAGCUCCUAGCUGUGCUCAGGCUGGCCUGUGUGGACACCUCCUCCAAUGAGGUUGCAAUCAUGGUUUCUAGCUUCAUCCUGCUGAUGACACCCUUCUGCCUGGUUCUCUUGUCCUACAUCCAGAUCAUCUCCACCAUCCUAAAGAUCCAGUCCACAGAGGGGAGGAGGAAGGCCUUCCACACCUGUGCCUCCCACCUCACAGUGGUUGCCCUGUGCUAUGGCAUGGCCAUUUUCACCUACACCUAGCCCUGUUCCAGCCCUGCUGUCCUUCAGGAGAAGUUGAUCUCUGUCUUCUAUGCUAUUUUGAUGCCUGUGCUGAACCCCAUGAUUUGUAGUCUAAGGAACAAGGAGGUGAAGGGGGCCUGUAAGAAACUAUUAGGGCAAUUAUCUGGAUUAACACCUAAACUGACAAGUUGGUGAAUCAUGAGCAUCAUUUAGAGGAAAGAGCCUUGCCUACGAGUUCUCCUCCCCAACUCAGAUACGACCGGCGUCAGCUGCAUCGCCCUGGCAACCAGGAAUGGAUGAGGACACAUGUGCU